AAUUAAUCUUAAAUAUUGACACUUAAUGUAUUAAACAUCUGUUAUGUUUAAAAUGUGAUGCAAGAUUAAAACAAUUAACAUCCAAUUAAAAUUAUUUUUUUACUUUUACACCUUACGAAUACUGUCGUGUGAAACCUUUCCAUUUGUAAGGUUAUUUUACAGGUUUAACAUUCCAAAAUGAGGAUUGUUUUCAUUUUCUUCACCAUUUCAAAAAUUGUGCUCGCACAAAAUCUUCAGAAAAGAUUCAUCGAUCCAGUGAAAAAUGGAUACGAAGCCCAAUGUGCAGAAAUCCUAGCUUUGAAUGAGAACCACUGCGGUAUAGCUGGGCUAUGGACAAAUCAAUUGAAAUCUGUCAUGGAAUUCACGUGUAUGGAUGGUCAUCUCAGUGGUCGUUACAAUACAGCAGUUGGGCAUGCAGAUGAUUACUACAACUUAACCGGAAAGUAUACUAUGUCUGGUCCAAAUGGUGCUGACUGUGUUAUGGGAUGGGUUGUUUCAUUCAACAACAAAGUAUUUGGAAACUCCAAUUCAACAGCUGCAUGGUCUGGCAUACAUUACGCACAUGAUCAUGUAAUUCGGACCCAUUGGGUACUUACACGUUGGCACCCGUUGGAAGACAUAAGGAAGACAACAACAAUAAACCAUGACGACUUUGUCAGCCUCUGUUAAAACAGUUUAUAUAUCUGCAAAUUGUAAGAAAAUGAUAAAAACAUUUCAAACUUUAAAAUCAAGUUAUUGCAUAGAACCUUUUCCUUGUCAUCUAUUUAAAAUCGCUUUAAAAAAAAAAUCUGCCUUUAAAAAUAAAAAGUAAAACUAUGCUUACAUGGAAAUUAUGAAUAUAUCAUUUUGUGUUAAGCUUUAA